AUGAAAACGAUUCACUGGUUCAAACCGUUGAUUCUGUUGAUAUUGGUGGCUUAUCCAGCCAUGUGUGUGGUAUGGCCGAUGCCUCAAAUGAUGUCAACAACCUCGACUGUACUCACAAUUAAUUCAAAAAAAUUUACCUUUCAAUCGAGCAGCAAGAGCGAUAUAUUACAUCAGGCAUUCGAAAGAUACAUGAAUAUAAGCUUCAUUCCAUUAGGGAAACAAAUUCAACCACAACUUUCGGAAUCUUUCAACGUUACUGCUAGUAGUGGUAGUCUUACCAGUUUGAAAGUAAACGUCCAUAGUUCAAAGGAAGAAUUAAAUCUGGAUUCUGUGGAAAACUAUACUUUGACGGUAACGGCAAAAGGAGCUACAUUAGAUGCUGACGAAGUUUGGGGAGCUCUAAGAGGUAGAUUGGAAACUUUUAGUCAACUUGUUGAACCUACUGAAUCGGGCAUGUUCCAGAUUAACGAAACUAAAGUUAUCGACUUUCCUCGAUUUAAACACCGUGGUAUGCUUGUCGAUACAGCAAGACAUUUCUUGGAUAUGGAAGUACUUUACGAACAUAUUGAUGCUAUGGCUUAUAAUAAGUAUAACGUAUUUCACUGGCAUAUCGUUGACGACGAAUCCUUCCCAUAUGAUUCAAAAGUCUUACCAGAAGUUACGGCAAAGGGAUCCUUUAAUCCUAAAACCCAUGUUUAUACUGCUGAUGAUAUUACCAAAAUUAUCAAGUACUGUAGAUAUCGUGGUCUAAGAGUAAUUCCUGAAUUUGAUACUCCGGGACAUACUCGAUGUUGGGGUCGAAGUAAGCCAAACCUUUUAACAAAGUGUUACACUGGAUUUUUGCCUAACGGCAAAACUGGCCCAAUCAAUCCUAUAUUUCCUGAGAAUUACGAAUUCAUGAAAACUUUAUUGUCUGAAGUUCAUAAGAGAUUUACUGAUAAAUAUAUCCAUCUAGGUGGUGAUGAAGUCUUACUUAAUUGCUGGAAAAGUAACCCUGAUGUUAGAAACUGGAUGGUAGAGAAAGGAUUAGGCAAUAAUAUUUCUCUAUUGGAAUCCUACUACGAGUCCAGAUUGUUGGGAAUUGCUUCCAAUUUAGGCUAUGACUACAUUAUUUGGCAGUCUGUUGUAGAUAACAACGUGAAGGUAAUGCCGUCUACGGUAGUCAACGUUUACAAAGGCGGAUUUCCAGCUGAAUUAGAUAGGGUAACAAAGAGAAAUUUUACUACUAUCUUAUCUUCAUGUUGGUACUUGGAUAUUUACGCUUACGGACCUGACUGGAAGAGGUACUAUAGUUGCGAGCCCUUUUCUUUUAAUGGUACUCAAAAACAAUACGACCUAAUCAUUGGCGGCGAAUCUUGUAUUUGGACCGAAUACGUUGACGAUACCAAUCUAAUAUCCCGCGUAUGGCCGCGGGCAAGUGGAACUGCUGAACGACUAUGGAGUGCCAAAAAUGUGAACAGCAUCGCAUUAGCUACACCAAGAAUACAUGAUUUUAGAUGUAAAAUUCUAAUUAGACGAGGUAUUCGAGCUGAGCCAGUUACCGGUCCAGGAUUUUGCGAGUAUGAAUUUGGAAUGUAA